UUACGGUGGGGAAACUGGGCUCAGAGACGCCUCACAACAAUAACCAGAGACAGCACUGCGAGGAGCCAGGCGUGCUCCUUCCGCGUCCAACUCAAACCAGCCCGCUCAGGCCGGCCGCAGGGGCCGCCUCCGUGGCCUGGCCCAACGUCCCCCCUCGGGAUGGUACAGCCCUUUUCGCCUAUCGCGAGACUGGAGGCGUCGGUUGCCAAGGGAACGGCGUUCCCGGAGGCAGGAGGGUUUGGGACCCGCAGCCUCUGCCAACUCCAGUAAGGCUGCGGUGGCGGGAAAGAUCCCUCCUUUUUGGGGAAAGUACGUGACGCUUCGAGUGUCACGGAGCGUCUCUGGCGCCCGUCGCUACUCUGCCACCUGCCAGUAAUUCCUCAGGUCCCCGCCCGGAAGGGACACAGAUGAUAGAAGAGACCUACUGCUAAAGCAGACUGAAACAUCUGUGGAGCCUUUUAGCUGAUCCAUGUCACGGAUGGCUCCCUGUGCAUCUCCCGUUAUUGGAUAUCAAUGGAUAUUAUAAAGGGGAACCUAGAUGGAAUUUCAAAACCAGCCUCAAGUUCACGAACCCAUCCUGGGAGCAGAAAUUCAAAUGCUUCUUUGGAGGUGCUCUCACCAGAACCAGCAUCUUUUCAGAUUGAUACUGCAAUCAAGUUGAAUUCUGGUAAGGAAGACCAGCCAGAAAGCAUGGAUACAGAAGAAAGAGGAAAUAUUAAUGAUGAUAACGGAGAACACUUCUCUGAGAAAACAAAAUUAGCCAAAGAAGGGUCAGAUGAAGAUUUGGACUUGGUUCAAUGUCAGAUAAUACCUGAAUGUUCAGAUAAACCCAAAUUAGAAGAAGAUUCUCAACUUCAAGAUGCUAUUUGUAAGAUGAAGCGACUUGAUAAAAUAUUGGCAAAGAAGCGAUGUAGAGAAAAAGAAGUUAAGAAGCAAGGUCUAGAAAUGAGAAUAAAGUUGUGGGAAGACCUUAAGUCUGCACAAAAAGGUGAAGCUUUUCAAAGUAAUGAGGAGAUAGAAAAUACAAAAAAGUUUUUAUCUUUGACUGCUGCGUCUGAAGAAACUGUUGAUCCUUCUCAUUAUGAGGAUGAAGGCACGUUUUUCCCAGUGUUUCACACUCAAGUCCCUCCAGAAGAAUAUGAAAACCAUAUGCACAGUGUCAACCAAGAUUUUACUCAUGAUGUGGAACGAAAUGAUUCAUUGGUCAAAGCUGAAAAGAAACCUUUCUCAAAUAUAGAAAAGACUGAACUCAGGGGUAAACACAACCAGGAUUUUAUUAAGCGAAACAUUGAGUUGGCCAAGAAUUCAAGAGACCUAGUGGUUAUGACUGAUGAAGAGAAGAAAAGACUGGUUGAACUUUUGAAGGAUUUAGAUGACCAAGAUUCAGUGCUGCCCAGUUGUGAGGGUGAUCAGUGUGGCUGGCUGGUUGCAGGAGAUGGAUACACACUAGCUCCCACCCAGCACGCACAACUUGCUGAAAUCAAUACAAAGCUCCAAGAACUUUCUGCAACCUCUCCGACCAUGCCCAGCUUCUUCGCAAGACCUGACAGUCAGAAUGAGCAGGAACCUGGCCUUGAUGAGGAAAGAAAUAAGGAAAUAACUCCAGGAGAAAAGGUCCUCCGGAACACCAAAGAGGAGCGGGACCAGCAAAAUCGACUGAAAGAGAUAAAUGAAAAGCUGAGAAAGAUGAAAGAAGAUGUGUUGGAUUCUACAUCACUGCUCUCUGAGACACAGUUACAGUAUCUUCUGGAUGGAUGCACAUUCAAACAAAAAUCCAUCAUUCCACUUCCUGAAGGAAGAGAAAACAAAGACAUUGAGGAUGUUACAUCGGAGCCAUCCCAGCUUUCCAAGUCCAUCCUUUCUAAAUUACUAAAUGAAGCAGAAACAAAGGCCCAGGAAGCUGAGGCAGAAGAUGCAAAUAGGCUUGAGGAUGCAGGUUGUGAAUCCUCUAAAGGCUAUUACCUCACUAAAGCUUUGACAGGACAUUACAUGCCAGAAGCUCUUGUCAUCGAAGUGGAGAAUAUGAAAUGCCUCCAAUUUUCUAAGGCUGAGGUGGUUAGUGACGCACAUGACUAUUUUAUGUCGAAGACUCUUGGCAUUGGGAGACUUCAAAGGCCCUCCUUCUUGGAUGAUCCACUGUAUGAUAUUAGUAUGAACCUUUCAUCAGAAGACCAACAUCUGAAUCUCAGCCCUUCCAAGAAACCAAAAACAGAUGAAAUGGAGACUAAAGAUGUGACAAGAACGUGAGGACCUCGCUGGGGUGUGCUCUUAAGAAAGUUGGUAAUUAAGUUACUUUUUAAAAGAUUAUUUAAAUUCAGUGAAUGCAUUGUAGAGACUUUUCCUUAAAAAUGAUUUUUACAUUUGGAUUCUCCUUUGUGGAUUACAUUUCCUUGAUAUUUUUGACACUUGGAGUAUAAUUUUUCAGUGGUUUUUCUUCAGGGAAAUUUCUGGGAAAAUUGUUUAUAAGUUUAUUAUUGAUCUUGUACAUCAGGAAUACAUUAUAAAAACCAGCAGUUUAUUGUGUGUGUGUGUGUUAUGUUCAAAUUAGUUGUGGGGGGAGCGGCGCUGUGGCACAGUGGGUUAACGCCCUGGCCUGAAGCGCCAGCAUCCCAUAUGGGCACCGAUUCGAGUCCCGACUGCUCCUCUUCUGAUCCAGCUCUCUGCUAUGGCCUGGGAUAGCAGUGGAGGAUGGCCCAAGUCCUUGCGCCCCUGCAACCACGUGGGAGAACUGGAAGAAGCUCCAGGCUCCUGGCUUUGGAUCAGCGCAGCUCUGGCCGUUGUGGCCAUCUGGGGAGUGAACCAUCAGAUGGAAGACCUUUCUGUCUCUACCUCUCUCUGUAACUCUGUCUUUCAAAUAAAUAAAAUAAUAUUAAAAAAAAAAUUAGUUGAGAGGCUGGUGCUGUGGCAUAGCUGGUAAAGCCUCUGCCUGCAAUGCUGGUAUCCUAUAUGGGUGCCGGGUCAAGUCCUGGCUGCUCCACUUCUGAUCCAGCUCCUUGCUGAUGCUCCUGGGAAUGCAGUGGAUAAUAGCCCAAGUCCUUGGGCCCCUGCACCCAUGUGGGAGUCCUGGAUGAAGCUCCUGGCUUUGGCUUGGCACAGUCCUGCCCUUAAGGUCAUGUGAAGAGUAAACCAGCAGAUGGAAGAUCUGUCUCUCUCUGUAACUCUGCCUUUCAAAUAAAUAAAGCUUUUAAAAAACUACUUGAAAUGGUGUGAUUGCUCAGGGAUUUGGUUUUCUAUGUUCCAAUUCUGUUGUAACUCAAACAGAUGGUGGUCCCUAUGAUUUUUUUUUUUCUGGCCAGGCUUUCCUUCUUUCUGCCCAUCAACCAUCUGUUAAGUAAGUACCAUUUGCUACAAGAAGAGUAAAUUUCCUUAAUAAAACAAUGUACUAUCUUAUUAGUGGUGAUGCUUUUCUUAAGAAGGUAUUUGAAUUAUUUGAUAUAUUUCUUUCAGAUGUUUUUUCUUUCAGUGCAAUUUGUUUAUCUAGUUACGAGUUAGUAACCUAGACUGAUGAGAACAUUUUUUCAACAUUCUGUAAUAUGAAUUUUCAUUAGAACUAGAAGUCUAAUUUAUUUCUGUUUAAAAAAUGAGCUGGAUAUUUUUCUGUCUUUAAUAAAAUUUGGAGUAAUGUAUAUGUAGCAGUGCUAGCAUUUGCUAGAACAUGUUUAUCUACUGAUACUGGAUAACACUGUUGAUGGCUCACGUCCAACUUCCUCAACUUUUUAAAAUGAAGAAUUCUACAGUUACUCUUUCCAGAGGUAUCGUUAAGCAGUUUGUUUCUCCAGUCCUUCUAUUUCAGUUGACUGUUCAUUUAAAAAACCAGUGUCCAUACUGAUGCCUAUGAGCUAUAAUGUCAUUCAUCUUGAUGUCGAGAGUUUUGCUGUGGGAUAUCAGAUGAAGUGAAAAGCUGUGAUUUUUAGAUUCUUACAAGAAUGACACGUGGAAUUCCUUAGGGUUGUAGGGUUCGAGUGGGAACAAUCGGAGGGCAGAGGUGAUACGGGUGGGAAUUUGGAGUGGAACAGAGAGGAGCCAUCAUUGCCCAUCAGUCUUUCAGAGGAGCUCAGUUUUCUAAAUCUUUGCUUUCCUGGUAUUGGAUGGAUGAUGUGUAUGUGUCUGUGUCUGGGGGGAGAGAGAGAGACAGAGACAGAGAGACAGAGAGAGACAGAGACAGACAAAGGAUAGGAAUGCUUAGAGAGAAGGAAGGGGAGAGGGAAGAUAGCGAGUGAAAAGCAGAGAAAUUAGUUGUAAACCAGCACUGCAAAAGAGUUAUGUCUUUAUAGUGGUGCUUCUGCAAAUAGUACUUGGGGGCAUAGGAAGCCUUUCUGUUACAGGAUUUUCGUUAAAGGGAAGGAAGCAGUGAUUUUAUGUAAUAAUUUUUGCCAUAAGAAGAGGUGAAAGCAUUCUGCAGCAUGUAACAGAAGGUAGUUCUGAAAAAGGCAGGUAAACUGAACUUACAAUUCAAAACAAAAAGAGCCACUCUGAUUAAAGCCUUCUUACUACAAUUGUUUUUAUUUUGAGGUUCCUUAUAUACCUAAUGUUUGCCCCAUAACGAGAUACAGAAUAAAAAGUUUAGAAGAGAGAAAGAGAUAAUUCAUUUUAGGAAAAAAUUUAGGGGCCUAAAAUUUGAGUUUUUUUUUUUUUUUAUAUGGCUCUAUAUUAAAAAAAAAAAUACUGGCACCACCUUUAUUGUAAAUUCCCCUAAGGCCUGAAGUUUAUGGCCCUUCAACCUAACUCUCCUGAAAUGCAUAACAAUAAACUCUUAGAGGAAGAAAGAGCUGUCAUCUCUAUUUUAUAAUUUUAAUUUUUAACAAGUCCUUUAUUUCAGUAUAACCUACUGAGUUGAAGGCCAGUUUGGGAAUAAAAAUAGAACAUGCCUGGGAAAAUAAAGCUCUCUGUUCCCGCUACUUUUUGUCUCAUUUUGAUAUUUUCAAUCAGUUUUGCUCUACCACCUAAAAAUGAAUUCACAUUCUCUCUUAGGAUUUAAUGCAUUUGGUAUGUUCUGAGAAUGAACAAUGUCAUAUGUCACAGCUAUUUCUUUAGCUCAGUUUUCCCAACUCCACAACCAUCACUAACACUUUCUAGUUCCUCCUUCUUUAACUUGCAGUAUAAAAUGAUUGGAUAAUUCAGUCCUAUGUGAUCUUGCUACCUAAAGAGAUGUUUUUAGUACAACAGGGAAAAAUCACACUGGAGGAAGAUUAUAUUUCACUUGGCCACUCCUAUCUAGUGUUCAAGAGGUCUCAAAGUCAGACCUUUAACCUAUUUUCGUCUUUGAUCUAUUUUUAUUAAAACUGAAAGUCCAGCACUAUUUUUUUUUUUUUUUGACGGGCAGAGUGGACAGUGAGAGAGAGAGAGAGAGAGAGAGAGAGAAAGGUCUUCCUUUUCCGUUGGUUCACCUCGCAAUGGCCGCCGCCGCUGGUGCGCUGCAGCCAGUGCACCGCGCUGAUCCGAAGCCAGAAGCCAGGUGCUUCUCCUGGCCUUCCAUGUGGGUGCAGGGCCCAGAGACCUGGGCCAUCCUCCACUGCACUCCUGGGCCACAGCAGAGAGCUGGACAGGAAAAGGAGCAACUGGAACAGAAUCUGGUGCCCCAACUGGGACUAGAACCCGGUGUGCUGGCGCCGUAGGUGGAGGAUUAGCCUAUUGAGCCGCGGUGCCGGCCAGUCCAGCACUAUUACACAUUCAUGGUUAGCUUAUCCACAACUCAAGAUCUGCUUAUUGUCAACAUUUUGAUCUUCUCUUCACAAAAUCAUUUAAUACACCCACACACUUUAUGCAUUUUUUUCCAAAUCUUGUUUCUCUGUAAUCAUGUUUUUGACCAAAGCAAUUACUGCAUCUCCAGAAAGUGGCUCAACUUUUCAAGGAUGAUCCCUCCCUCAUGCCUACUUCUGAAGCUUCUCCAUGACUUGCACAGUGCCUACUCAGAGCCAUUAUUCACGUGUCAGGAAGUGUGGCUGAGAGCUCCAUGUCCCUUCACUGUGGUUCCCCCUCUGUCUUCACUCUUCUUUUCAGAAACAGAACUGGACUUUGGAAAGGAUUCAGUAAAUAACUCGAAUGACCUUCGUAACAGGUGAAAUUGUAUUCUUUUGAGGCUUAUGACUUAGAGGUUAUUUUUAAUAUGAUAGGCUAACUUGCUAUUUUGUUCUUUUAUUCCACAAAUCCAGCAAAUCAAUCUUCUAAGCCUAGGCCUGGGUAACUCAGUCUAAAUUGUAUAGGAACUGUGAAUGCCACUGUUAUUUACUGUAAUUUCAUGUUGUGAGUACUAUCUUGGUUUAAGAAUGGUAUGUACUUACACUCCAUAAUGCCGGUAAAGAAAUAAACACGGACACAGUAAGUAUAAAUAUAAAUUUCCAUAUGGUUUAUUGUUGUUCCUUGUACAUAAGAAACAGUAAUAUACAACUUACACUGCUUUACAAUGUAAAAUGGAUAAAAAUGUGUACAAAAAGCACAUUCCUAGAAAAGGUAUUGGCAAAUAGUAAAAACUGGGGAGUAAAAAGCGAAAAACAAAUUAAAAAAAAGAAAAACCAACAAUUCUUCAAUUCAGUGUGCAAACAUUAUAUAAAAAUAGAAAUACUAACUCUACAGGCAGUAUUUCCUGAUAAAUUAUUUAAAUAGCAUAUCUACACAAUCUGAGAUAUCUAUUCCAAUGGCAAUGAGAAAAUAAUUUAUAAAAAUAAAGCAAUGGUAUACAAGAUGAUAGAAAAAAACAUAACUUUCAGAAACUGUAUUCAACAUUUCAAUGCGAUUUCCUUACUGGGAAUACUUUUCUGCAAAGAAAUUUUAUACUAUUUACAACAUUGACUUUUUUAGGUACUACAGUAGCUUUAAGUUUUUAGACACUUAAACUCUUUCUGCUUGAUCCAAAAAUUCUUUACUCAGUCACACAACAAAUGAGGUAAUAUUUGUAUAUAAGUUUCACCUUUGUCAUUUUUUUCUCUUUUGGAAAAAUGAAAAAAAAAAGUGUAUAUGCAUUUCUCCUCCCUGGAAACAGGCACAA